AUGUCCCAUCGGGAAUGCAUAUAUGGAGCGUCAGAUCGCGACACGCCUGUUUCUCUCGCUCCUUCAGAGUUUUACUUGCAAUUUCACGAACGAGAACACUCCAAAUUCUCGAGCAGUGAAUCAUUUACCACCAAUAACCUACAAAAUGACGGCACUCGAUCGUCCCCCGAUGUUGGCUCCAACCUCGAUUCAUCCCAAAAACAAAACCAAAUUCGCCCAACCCACCCGGAUCAGUCGGGAUUGUCGUCGAUAGAUGACAAUGUGAAUUUCAAUCAUAUGGAAUUGAUAAUUCAUCUAUUCAUUGACCAUGACGUUUUUAGCCUUGGCCUCGGCGACCCCAGCUUUGCUACCGGCCCUUCUCUUUCCGUUGCGCUUAAGAAAGGGCUGCAAUUUCCAUAUCUCCUUUAUCAAUGUCUUGCUUUCUCUUCUCUUCAUUUAGGCUUUGUACGGUCCGAUAAAUCGAGCAUGUACAAACACCAAGCGGCGACUUUACAGACUCGAGCCCUUUCCCUGUUCAACUCUAUGGGAACUAAUGUCGAUGAGUCCAACUGCGUUAGCAUCCUCUUAUUUUCCGGUGUCCUCGGUCUCCACCUUCUCACCGACACGCUCGCUGAGCGGGCAUUAGGUAGUCUCGAUGCUUUUGUAGCGAAGUACGUGCAGUGCAUUGAGAUACAUCGCGGUGUCUACUCCAUCGCUAUUGCCGCGUGGCCAUACCUCGUGAACUCCGAACUCGAGCCCAUGAUCUCAUCUAGCUCAAGAUUUACAUCGCGCACGCCAACCGGCGAUGACAGUCAAAUUCUUUGCAAACUGGUCGAGUCUAGCAGUAGCCUACGGGAGGAAGAUAAGAAGGCUUGUCUGGAAAUGAUUCGGUACCUACAGAUUGGCUUUGAUGCUGUAUCUACAGAGUUAGAGGAGGGCUAUAAGCAUUACAUGAUUUAUACGUGGCUGAUGCUGGCGCCUCCGAAGUUCACAGAUCUCUUGACAGCGAAAACGCCUGAAGCCCUUGUCUUAUUAGCAUACUACGCUGUUUUGCUGUUCCAUGGCAGAAAUUUGUGGCAGGUAGGAGAUUCCGGGCUGUAUAUUAUUCGUAAUAUUACGGAAUAUCUCGGUCCCAAGUGGCAAACCUGGCUCGACUUUCCACAGAAAAAAAUAAUACAAGAUUAA